AUGAUUAUUUUGUCGUCAUGGUUACAGCGAAGAUGCGGUUACAGUUACCAAAACAACGUUUGCAAUUUCAACAGCAGUCUUGGUUUAUGCUGAACAAAAUCCGCUAUUAGUUUAAAUAUUUGGACUAUUAUGACCGACCACCAAAGCGUUAACGACAUGAUGGAUGGCAGAGGUGAUGUACGCCCAAAGACGAGCGAGACCCGGGGCACCAACACCGGCUCCGCGCGUAAUGACGAGGACCGCCGACCCACGCCGCGCAGAAGGGCUAUGGAGGAGGACGAGGACCUCUCCCACUUUGUUAACAACAUGGUGGACCAAGCGUGGGAGAGCAUACAAGAGAGGAUGAGACAGCCACUCACAAAGAACGAGGUGAUCCGGGAGUUUAAGAGGCUGAUCAGUGUGGUGUGUGAGCUGGUCUUUCAGCUGCGGGUCCCGGCCCUGAUGGAGGACCAAGUCUUGUCAGAGGAGGCAGCCAUCAGAUCCUUCGAGCUGCAGAGUCACGAGGAGGAGGAGGAGGAAGACGAGGAGGAAGAGGAGGAGGAGGCUCAGAGCACAUACAACCGAUCUUCCCCCAUAAUGGUGAGACCCGUCGCUGAAGAUCAUCUCCAGGAGAAUGUUUCAUUCAUUAAAAAAAGGGCGGACGACCGGUUGGACAAAUCCGACUCCCAGGUGUCUGUCCCAGAAGUAGUGCAGCAGGUGAACCAGAGCCCGACUGUGCCCAGUCCCCGCACCCCUCCUCUUGAGAUCUCUGCCGAAGUGAGUGCAGAGCAGGCCCAGGAACAGGUCACGUCUACCGCCAUGAAGUCCUUGAGACGUAAAUCACGGCAGGAUGUCGAACAGUUUUUGGAGACAGUGCCAGGGAAGGUGAUCUCGGUUAUCAUUAAAAGCUUGGACAUCUGUGAAGAGAAGACAGGAGCAGGUGUGAAGACAGUCAGUGAUGUUGAGAAAAUCUUGAAACUCCUGGCCGUUCAACUGAGAUUCCCAAAGGAAAAUGAAGACAUGUCUGAUCUAGCCAGUUUGGAUGAGACUGCAGUGACGUCCUAUUGCUGCUGCUGGUACCUUCCUAUGACCUCUUCACCUCCUCAGGGGUCUUCUUCAAUUUAUCCAGUGACUCUGUGCUCUCGGGCGAUCUGGAUAGACCUUUCAAGCAAGAGGUUUCAUCGCACCAGCCUGAUGAAACUGAAUGAAUACCUCAUGACGGUAUCUCUCAUGUUUCCCUCCAGGGCUAUUUCAGGUGAACCCUACACGUCCUCUCUGGCCAAGGAGAUGCUGGACGUUGUGAUAAACAGUGUAUACCAACUGUCCCGGCCACAGCCGAGGAAGUAUAUCUUCCCAUGGCAAAGUUCUGAAAUGACCACAGUGUCUAAGGACCAAGUAGCCUCCGCAGCGUUGGUGGUCAAACACUCUUUGAAGAAGAAACUGCGAAAUUCUUUUUGUAAGUUCCACAAAGAUGCUGCAGACAAACUGAAGAAGGGUGAAAUAGAGACGGUAAAAAGGGCUUCGCUGUCCAGGAGCAUUGACAAAAGAGCUGAGGACACCCAGAAGGGCAAUGUUAUGCUCAGUAGCCACAGCCCAGUGACUGGUUUCUGUGAAUCCACGGACAAAAGCAUGGCAAGAGCGGUGAGGUCUUUCCUGGUUGAGACAGAGCUGUUGUUGAAACAAGACGACGGUGUGCAGUGUGGUGUUGCAGCAGUGACCAAGCUGGAAAAGAUGGUCAGCCUGGGCAGGCUGUCCGUCUUCUCUAAGUUGCUGACUGACAAGAUCACUAGCGAGUUUUACCAACCGCUGAGUCGGACUGAGUUGCCGGUUUCCAGCAGAAAGGUUUGGUCAGAUUCUGAACUCAUCUGUCCAACAAGACGCCCUGUUCGUGUUAUCUCACCACCCGAGUCGGUGUACAUAUUCGUUGAGGAAUCAGUGAAACACCUGUUGUCAUCAUUCAUCAUCCCUCCACCAUCCUGGGGAAUGGGUCACAUGAUCCAAGUCCAAAGCAGCGCUUCACCCACUGCUAAGUACACAGGGUCAGUUGAAAAGUAUGACGCUGCCGUCAGUAGCUUGACUCAGCUCAUGGUCAACCAGGUGAUGGGACACAUCGGCCUCAAAGAUGCGGCAGGAAGUCGGAGGUCUACAAGGCAAUGACAAGCAGAACAUGGGGUGCUUUCCAGAUGAAGCGCUUGAUGGAAUCACAGAGCCAAAGAAAAAGAAGACCCCCAUCCGUUUCUUCCAAGAACUUCUAAACAAGAUCAAGAGGGAAUGGAGGACACCAACCAACAAAGAGUCUAGUUGUCCCUAACCCCAACCCCUUCCCUUUCCCCCAUUCCCCUACCCCUUACCCUAAACCCCUUUCUCCCAACCCCAGUAAUCACCUCUGCCGCCACACCCUUUUACCCACCCAUUCCACCCUAAUCCAAAACCUCACCCUGUGGUCUCACUUCCAUCUGGCUCUUCAUCUACGACAUUGCACCUUUCUUUAUGUCAGUUUUAUGCCUUAAAUACAAACGAGUGUUGAAUAAAUAUCAUUUACAUUUUCUCA